AUGGACACUCUUGACAACACCGAGUGGGAUGUGCUCAUUGUGGGCACGGGACUGCAGCAGAGUCUAUUAGCUUUAGCCCUGUCGCGCUCGGAUAAGAAAAUCUUACACGUCGAUGAGAAUGACUACUACGGUGGUGCUGAAGCUGCAUUCAGCUUGCAGGAUGCCGAGGAAUGGAGUCGGCGGAUGAGUGAAGCUCCUCGUGCUUCUUUCUCGAAUGUCACCAUCACCAAGCCUGAAACGGCAGCAACAGCCGAUUCCGCUGCUCGCCUGUCGCCAUCAAGAGCGUACAGCUUAGCGCUGAGCCCACAACUCAUCUAUGCUCGCUCCUCGUUGCUUGCAAACCUUGUCUCGUCCAGGGUUUAUCGCCAGCUCGAGUUUCUUGCCGUGGGCAGCUGGUGGGUGUACUCUAGUGACAGUAACAGCGAAAGCUCCCUGUCCACAUCAGAUGCAUCACCACAUGGUCGGCUUCUGAAAGUUCCCAACGGACGAGAGGACGUCUUUCAGGACCAUGGCCUUGACUUCAAAGCAAAGCGUGCCUUGAUGAAGUUUCUACGCUUCAUCGGGGAGUACGAACAGCAACCUGAGGUCUGGGAAGAGCACCGCCAACGGCCAUUCCCCGAAUUCUUGUCACAACAGUUCAAGGUCCCUGAUAGUCUUCAGGGUCCCUUGAUAGCUCUCUCUCUGUCGCCAACUUCAUCGGUCCGGACGACGACUGAAUACGCGCUUCCUCGAAUUGCACGACAUCUUCGGUCGAUUGGCGUGUUUGGACCUGGUUUUGGGGCAGUCAUGCCCAAAUGGGGAGGCCUGGCUGAAAUAAGUCAGGUCUCGUGUCGAGCUUGUGCUGUUGGAGGAGGUGUCUAUGUCCUUGGAAAAGGCUUAGCACCUGCCAGUGAUGGCAGCCUGGAAACGACAGAGGCUGGUACAAAACUCCGCCUGAAAGAUGGCGAAGUCGUCACGGCCAAGUGGAUCAUAGGUGGGAACACUGCGACCUCACCGGAGACAGAAAUUUCCAGAUGUAUCGCAAUCGUGUCCUCUCCAUUGACACCACUCUUUCCGCCUAUAGGCGAUGACGCCCCACCACCAGCCUCUGCUGUCGUUGUUUUUCCAUCUGGAUCGUUGGCGUCGGCCCCACAAGAUGAAGAACCCCCUGCUGUCCACAUCCUCGUUCACUCGAGCGACACAGCCGAAUGUCCUGUUGGUCAGAGUAUAUUAUACGCCUCUACAUCGCUGAAUGGUAAAGCGGGCUCAGAUCUACUACGAAUAGCAAUCGAAACGCUGCUUUCAUCUGUUGAGGUUGACCCUGCGCCUACAGUACUAUGGUCUCUUCAGUACGAGCAACGGCCUUCGUCGGGAUCUGAGUUGUUGCCAUCUGGCGCUCAGAUUCUGAGCUUUCCACCGCCAUCAUUAGACCUGGCAUUCGAUGACACAAUAUUGGAGCAUGUAAAGGAGGUAUGGCAGAAGCUUCUAGGCGACGAGGGUGGAGAGUUCCUUGUGUUCCAAGACCGGGAAGUUUAUGAUGAUGAGUAA